AACGAAAAACAAAGCGCAGGUAAACAUCUGACUUGAGUGUGCAAACAUACAGAGAGGUGAGGUUGUGAUGACGCAUACAACCGCUUUGCAUUCCAGCUGAGAAGUUUCUCCGACUCCGCUUUGGAAGUUAAAUAAGCUGCAGUGCAGUGGGACACCUGUAAGAACUGUUGCUAUUUUAAAACACCACACAACGGGAAAGAAGACGCAAUGAAGGUAGUUUUAGUGAUAUCUCUGUCAUUAGUCAUGUGUGCUACUUUGUUGUGGCUCAUAAAAACGCGGAAAAACGAGCAGGAGAAACACGCAAAGCAGUACAGGCUUCUGGAUAUUAAGCUGCGAGUCACCAGUGACGUGGUGGAAGAGUUCCGGAGCGAGCUGGCGGAGAAGAAGGACCAGAUGAUGAAGAGCCAAGGUGCUCAGAAGCAGAUGGAGGAACAAGUGGAACAGCUGCAGGCCAAAACAGAAAAGGCAAAGAACGACAUGGAUCAGUGUCAAGGAGACCAGAAAUCUGCUUUAGAUCAGCUGGCCAUGGCAGAAACGGCUCUAAAUGACCUCAAAGCUACAUCUACCAAGGAGAUGACGGGGUGGCAAGCAGAAAUGGACGUAUUGAGAAAGCAGCUGGCAGAGCGAAGCUCAAUCUGUGACUUUUUAAGGGAAGAAACGGAAUUAACAAGAAAAUUAUGUGAAAAGAAAGAUGGUGGUCAAGUACAAGUAGUCCCCAAACAAGAAGAGGCCAACGCGGAGGCCCCCAAACAAGAAGAGGCCAACGCGGAGGCCCCCCCAAAAAAUGAGGCUAAUGCAGAGGCCCCUAAAUAAGACAUAAGAAAACGCAACCUGUUUUUUUUUUUUUCAAAUCUCCUCCACAUAAUCUUUUUGAAAAACAUUAAAGGUAGAUUGAACCAUGUUUUCAGGGAGUAUUCAUGUGGUCCUGGAAAUCCUGGAUAUAUAAAUUUCCACAGUUCCCUUUGCAACCAGUUGUCAUUUCCACUCGUCAAAUACUGUACUCAAACUUGAUUUCCCAAACUGGUAACUAACAUCCAGGAACAUCUUUCAGUGGUAUUUUUUUUUUAAACACUCCUGGCUCCCCCCAGAAUUAGAAUAUCCAGGUUUUGGACAUGGGAGUGGUGGUUAUAAAGGUGGGGUUGAGCCUGAAGGACCAAGGUUGAAGUUCCUGCAACAGAAGCAAAACCACCGUGGGCUGCUCUGCUCCCUGGGUGCCGGACACAAAAAUGGCCCCUCCUAGUGGGUUCGUUUCAAAAUUAAGUUUGGUGGCUGAAGGUUAUGCUUAAAAACACUGGGUCGUCCUGCUGGAUCCUCCUGGCAUCACACUCGCUGACAUGUUGCAGAUGUGAUUCUGAACAAAGGGAUUGCUUAUUAAUAUUAACGUUAAAGAUGCUCUUUAUUCAUAUGUGACUGUUUUAAAAGAAAAUAAUCAAGGGUUUUAUUUUGUUAAGUUUUAAUAAAGUGCCAUUUUACAAACUAGCCUUUUUUGUGUGAAAUAAUUCAUGUUUGUGUUUUUAUAGUUCCUGAAAGGCAAAGUGAAAUAUUUUGGAUCAUACUGACUAAAUAGAUGAGCUUUUUAGUGAGCAGAAGAGGGAAGUUGUUUGUGAGCUGGUUGCUUGCUGUCGUAGCAGAAAAAUAAUACAUUUGAUUACAUUUUUACUUGUCUGUACUAUUUUUUAAAUGCAGUGCAUUAGAGAUUUUUGUGCAGAUACAUUUCUGGGUUAACCUAGAAUAGAGAGGUCGGUUCUGCAGGAUUGUCUCAUUUGAAGUGCAGCAGUUAAGUGAACCGGAGUUCAAAUCUCUAUUGGAUCAAAAAUCCAUGUUUUUCCAUCUCAAACUCAAAAUAUAAAAUCUUGUUGUCAGUAUCUUCAGUGAGUAAUGAUUUAAUGCAUAUGAAUAUAGUAACAUUACAAAGAAUAAAGAUAUAGUCACCAAAUGAAAGCACAAACAAUAUUUGCACAUUAUGAUUAAUUAGGUAAUUAAUAUAGACGAAUAUUCAUUUUCUUUCAGAGCUUUAAGUUUUAUAGAAAACCCUUUGUGUUUUUUAAGGCCCCACCUGCCCACCUGCCCACCAUAAAUAAGUAAGUAAGAAAAAAACUUAAAUAGAUAAUUAAAAUGAAAAUAAAAAAGUUUGGUUUAUGUGUAAAAAACAAAACCAAACUAUCGGGUUUAGUUUUGAGAGAACCAAGCACGCUAUAGGCCUGUACAUGUUGGUAUAUUUUGUGCAAAUGAAGCCUGUAAAUCCUGCUGUAAAGUCACUUUUGCAAAUCACAUUUAAGUGAAAUUAGAGAUUUUUAAUAUGUGGAUAAUUAUAAUUAUACUUUACUCUAAUUACUCUCAUCUAAUUAUAGAUAAUUAUAUAAAUAAACAGCAUACGUUGAUUUAACAUUGAUUAGACGUUGGCGUUAGAACUGGAUGAUUGUUUGAUGGUUCAUCCACAUUGACUAUAACCAAAAAUCUAUCUUUUUGACCAUAAUUCAUCUGAAUCUGAAUUAACAUAUUUUGCUAUCUGGGAGGUGGAACUACUGUCCUUUGGUUAGAUAGAUCUGUGUAUCAAGAGGAGAAUGUGUAAAUCAAAUAGGAGAAACUCAGAGCUGAACCUCGUCAGGGUUCCAGGACUCUCGGCAACCCUUUCAUAUUCUUAAUUAUUAAUAGUGACAACAUGUCCUCUGAUUUGAGUGGCAUCACGUCUUCCUGAG